AUGAACCUUGAUAUAACACUUUGUAACAGUUUCUGUUCACUAGACGAACAAACUUUGCUUAAUUUCCCACCAUUUUAUACCGAACAGAUUAAUCUAAACAUUUUACACUCUCAAUUGGAGUCCUGGCAUCGGAUUAUCGCAUCUAACGCUACUUUAAUUGCUUCAAAAUUUUUACACAUAACAGAUACCCAAUGUAUGGAUGCGCCUUUCACAAAUGUUGCAAUCAAUAGAAACAUCAACCGUUAUUUUUUAGUGUUAAUAAUUGAAUAUCUAAUUGAACAAAAAUUGGCAUUGUGGCUUGAACCACUAUCCGAUCUUACCAUGAAGAAUAUAUUCAUGACACUUGUCAAAGACACCAAUGCUAUGAGUACACUAUACAUUAAACAUAUGGAAUUCAGGGAUAACCUUAGAACCAUGGAUAAAAAUACUGAAAAACUUAAAGACUCGAAUUACUAUCAAAUUGAGCAAUUGAAACUCACAAGGAAUAACUACUUUAAAUGCCAAAUAAAAGACACCAGAGCCGCAUUGUAUCCUAUACCAAUUGAUAAAUUAUGCGAAGAAUUAAAAGAAUUUGCAAAGUUACUCUGCCUUUACGACAACGUAGAAACAGUGUAUAACCUUUUUUAUUCACCAUUAGGCCAUAAAUACAAAUUUCAUCGAUUGCCAGACGAACACAUAACUUAUUUGGUAUCAAUCCUUGUUCAUAACAAAUGGGCCACAAUCAUCUUGCCUCCUAGUGUAAAAAACAAUAUUGAAUAUAAUCAGAAUAUUAAAAAUCUUGGUAUACGGUUCAUAUAA